AUGUUUCGCAUCUGGGACUUUGUCCUCGGCCUCUUUAAAAGGAACGCUCUCCAAGAUCCAGAGCAGGCGGACCAAGAGGCGGCGAGUCGGCCCAGGGACGGAGGGCGAAGGUGCUCCAUAAUCACCGGUGGUGGCAGCAGUCGCUCGGUCCGUCGCAUCCUGGCCGCCUGCCUUCUCUCCUUCGCUGCCCUGCUAGGAGCCGUCUCCGUGGACCUCAACUCCAGCUUUGAUCUGUUGCGCGCCACAGAAGCAGCCUACGCUGAACUGACCUCGUGCAGGACGAUGGCUAUACUGCAACUCGUGGCUAAACUCCAAACGAUGAGAAGUCUUUGGACGCAAAACCUAAGCAACGACACGUGGGAAGCAAUGACCUUCUCUGAAGUUAUCGUACCCGUGUUUGACGGACUCUGCGAUCAUGACGCGCCCGGUCUCACUGACAGCCACGGUCUUCCCUGUGACGAGGACCUAGCGCCUUUUUGUACAGACGUUUAUAACGACGUGCAAGAGCUCCGGAACUCCACAUGGAAGGAGGACAACAUGCAGGGAAACGGCACCCUGGCCUUUUCCCUGGUGAUCGCCAGACUCCUCGACAUGUGGGGCACGGCCGAGCAGAGCGUGCUCAUGGCCAAACGAUACUCGGCCUGGAGAGACGUGCUCUCCUCCAGGCUCCUGCAGGCGAUCAUAGAGCUCACCGACCAGGCGGUCCACCUCCCGCCAGCCGACACCCGGACGGGGGGCUUCCGCCUCAAGUGGACCACCACACUCAGCCGCCUUGGUUUCGCCAGGGUCAUGUCCGAGACGCUGAGCGACUGCUGGCUCCAGAACGUCGACCUCAGGCCCAACCUGACGGACCUCCUCGAGGACCCCUGGGAGACGUCCGGACCCCCCAGCGGCGAUCCCGCCUCCCCCCCCCUGCUCCCCCCCGCCGCGGGGCUGCACGCCCUGAGGGACGCCCAGGAGUGCCUCCUGGAGGGGUCGGUGCCGGCCUUGCGCCGGGCGUCCCGCGAGCUGUUCUCGGGGCUGAGCAUGCGGGUGUGCUUGCUGGCCAUGGCCUGCCUCAUCUACCCCGUGGCGCUGGUGUCCUUCAAGCAGAUGACCGAGUGGAUCCAGAACUACGCGCGCAGCCUGCGGGAGAAGACGGAGGACCUGCGGCGCCAGCGGCGGCUGGCCGAGGACCUGCUCCACCAGAUGCUGCCCAAGUCGGUGGCCAAGCAGCUCCGGCAGCAGAAGCACGUGGAGGCGGAGAGCUACGACAAUGUUACCAUUUUCUUCUCCGACAUCGUGGGCUUCACCACCAUCUCGGCGUCCUGCAACCCCCUGCAGGUGGUGGAGAUGCUCAACAGCCUGUACAUGUGCUUCGACACGCGCAUCAACUCCUACGACGUCUACAAGGUGGAGACCAUCGGAGACGCCUACAUGGUGGUCAGCGGGCUGCCGGAGAGGAACGGAGACAAGCAUGCGGAUGAGAUAGCCAAGAUGUCUCUGGACCUGCUGGCUGCGGUCCGGCAGGUCACCAUCCCUCACAUGCCCAACCAGAGACUGCAGCUCCGCGCCGGGAUCCACACAGGUCCAUGCGUGGCAGGUAUCGUGGGCUACAAGAUGCCACGCUACUGUCUGUUCGGUGAUACGGUCAACACAGCCUCGAGGAUGGAGUCCACCAGCCUGCCCCAGAAGAUCCACGCCAGCUCCGCCACCUACCUGGCCCUGAUGAAGGACAACGCCUACGAGCUGCAGCUCAGAGGGGAGAUCGAGGUCAAGGGGAAAGGUAAGAUGAACACCUACUGGCUGGUGGGUCACAAGAACUACAGCGUGCAGAACGACAGCCUGGUCUGCCACUGGAACCCCAACCUGGCCCGCAAGAAGAAACCAGUUGCUAACAGCCGGGGCUCUGUGGCCAAUUCUGCGGUGACGGUCAACAGCCCGAGUGAGAACCCCUCCAGCCCCAAGUCCGUCCUCUCCUCCACCACCCCCCACACCCCCCCACAGCCGCCCCAGGACGGGCCUGGCCUCUGCGUCUCGGCCCAGGUGGAGCACUGUGGCAGCGGGGGCAAAGGAGCCAGCUACAACACCCUGGGCUCCAUGGUUGGCGGGCUCCAGGGUGGAGAUGAGAGCCCGGCACUGAGCGAGGCCAGGGCCCGUGGCAGGGACAAGCCCGACCUGCUGCCUGGCUCCAUUCCACACCUGUGACUGCAGGUGCUGAACGCGGCCAGAAGAUGGCGCUAGAUCCCUGUUUAUUGUUGUUCGGUGAUUACGCAAUGUGGUUGUCAAGCAAUGAUUUCAAGGCGGUCACUUCCAGUGUCGUUCUCUAUGUUAGUUUUUUUUGUGUACAGUUUCCUUAAUGAAACUCUCAGAUAAUUUAAACAGAACAACUUCUCUGACUGGUUUAUAUAGUACCAAAUAAGACACAAUGAUUGAACUGCAUUGAAAUUAAAUAUCUAUUCGAUUUACUUACUUACAGUAUUCAAUGCAAUAUUCCCAUGAUAUCGACACCAUAUAGAAUGAGGGAACACAUAUUCCCUUUAGAUUUAGCAGUUUGUCCUUAUGUCAAGUAGAAAA